GGUAUCAAACCGGACGUCACUGUUUGAAAGAUUGGCGGUCGGACACGGUGCUCUCAAAUGCCUGCUAUGAAUUUGAGUAAAUGAACUAAAAUCUAGUAGAUAUUGUACAUGUUUUAUAUACGAAGGCUAUAGCUGUCGAGAGAGGCAAGAAAGCAGAUCAACCAAGCACACUUAAUCGUAGGGUUGCUAGCUACCGGUAGCUAGUUAGCUGCUAGUCAUACACAUUUAGAUAAGUUACGUAUUUCUGGAGAAGCAGCCCGCUAAUGUCAGUGAGAAGGGCUCUGGUGGACUGUGUUGUGUUGUCUCUUCAGGACUCGUGUGUGUUAUACCCCUGUUGCAGAGGAUGCUUCUCCAGGAUGCAACAGACCGACACGGCCAGAUGGCACUGCUCCAGGUCUUGCUACAGCUGUCUGGAACCACACCUGGACUACAGGUACCGCCUGGCUCUAAGGGUCACCAGAGACAACACCAUAUUUGGGGUGACAGUGUUCGGGAGCUGUCUCAACUCCCUCUUUGGAGCCCCUGCCACCGACCUUCACAGGCUGGUGGAGGAGUCUUCCGGUCCAGUGGGAAGUGAAGGUCAGAGGUCAGGGUGUCGAAGCAGGCUGCUGGUUAAGGCCGUAGAGGACUGCUUCAUUGGAAGACAUUUUGUUUUUGGGAUCAAGAUAUCUGGCCCCCACCCCUACAGGAGAGAGGCAGGCCAGCUCAUCGCCAGUCAGAUCUCUCUGCCCAUGGCCUCUGUUCCAGGCUGCUCUGUAGUCAGUUACUACAGAACCCUCCUACAGCAAGCUGCUCUCUGCGCUGACUGGACAACGGAUCCUAGACCAGCCUCCAAGAGCCUCCUACAACAGGCCUCUGUGUGUAGAACUGAUCCUAGACCAGCUCCCCAGCCCAGCGCUGACACCAGUACAGCUCCUCUCUUCCUCCACCCUUCUCCUCUCCACAGCUUCGACUCUACACUGCCCUCCUGUGGCCGAUCCAUGUCACUGCAUUGCACCUUAAACCUCACCCCAACCCCGACCAACAUACACAAGGCACCCUGGCAACAGUCUCCGGGGGUGAUCACGUCGUCUGCAGAACAGGAGGAAGAUGAGGGGGGGGGAGAGGAUAAAGGACUGAGUCAUGGGGAGGGGGGACACAGUAGGAACAGUAGCCAGGGGGAGGGGGGACACAGUAGGAACAGUAGCCAGGGGGAGGGGGGACACAGUAGGAACAGUAGCCAGGGGGAGGGGGGACACAGUAGGAACAGUAGCCAGGGGGAGGGGGGACACAGUAGGAACAGUAGCCAGGGGGAGGGGGGACACAGUAGGAACAGUAGCCAGGGGGAGGGGGGACACAGUAGGAACAGCUACUGGGAUGUUCUGUCCUCUUUCUGUGAAGGCUCUGACUCCCCUGUUCACCCCCCUGCCUCUCUCACGUGGACCGCUCCAACACAGUCUGGAUAUAUAUGGACUGCGCCGUCCAGCCUCAGGAAGAGGGGUGUUUCAUACACGGAGGAGGAGUACAGACACACAGACACCAACUGA